ACUUUUCUCCAAACAACUUUUUUCUCGCACUUUCAUCAAGUUGUACUUCGGUGAAAACAUGGUGGGAUGCUGCUGGGUUGGUGUGCCAUGGACAUGAGAGACUAGCAUAUCCUGAUUUCGUCAACACCUGUCAGUUCUACUCUUAAAAUGGCAGCAGUCAAAGGGAAAGCUCUGAGAAGAGGGAGCUUUGAACAUGAUAGACCUAACAUGAGCAGUGAAACACCAUUGAGGUUGCUGGUCUUUGGCAGCUCAAGUCGGGAUCAGAUCUCACUGACACACUCUGUGUUGGGGCCAGACGUCUUCACGGCAGAUGAUGUCAAUAUUUCAGCUACCAAGAAAAGUUCAGGGGUUGUGCAGGAGAGAAAAAUAACCCUGGUCAACACACCAAAUCUUCAAGACAACGACUUGCCGGACAGUGUGCUUCACAAGGAGCUCAGGAAGGCGGUUUGUUUCUCUUCUCCAGGUCCUCAUGCUGUAAUGAUUGUUCUAGACCCUUUUCAUUUGACCUCUGACACUCUGAACAUACUGAAGCCUGUGGUGCACUACUUUGGAGAUCGUGUUUUGAAGCACACAUUGAUUGUUUUAUACCAUGAGAGAGAUCUGACAACCCUGUCCAUAGAGGAUGAGGUUAAGAAGAACAAGAGCUUUAGAGAGCUUGCUGAGAAAUGUGUCCAGAACUACCUCUGCUUCAAUGAAGAAAAAAACCAGAAGGAAGGCAGCCAGACGCAAGCAUUGUUUGCCAAGGUCGAUGAGAUGGUCUUGGAGCAUGGCAUGUUUUCAAACCUGGAAUUUAAGGAUGCAGAAAAAAGAAUUCAGAUAGAGGAGCGUUUCCUCAGAAAAUCAAAGGAGAAGGAGAUCAGGGAGACGUUGAAGGUGCUGGAGAACAAACAUUCAGGGGAGGCACUUCCCAGUGAGGUUAUGAAGUAUGAAGUAAAGGUACAGUUGGAGUGCAGAGAGAAAGCAGAGCUGGCUGUCGCAGACAAGGUUGGCUUCACGGUCAGAGUUGUUGAUUACGCUGUUGCAGUUGGAAAAGGAGCAUUUGUAGGUGCACUUCUUGGAUUUGCGAUAGGACAUGACGGUAUGGCAGUAGGAGCUGCUAUCGGUGCUGCUCUAGGUGGUGUACUUGGAGGUGCAGCUAAUGCAGUAUGGAGCUACAUUUCCAAUUCCUUCGCAGAUGCCCACAAAGGGACUGCAUAGUGCACAGAGUCAGCCUCUGACACUGCUGGAUCUUCUACAGACUGUACAGGGCUUUUCACACUGGGCUUAACCCUGGGUUAUCGUCAUUCUAAACCCCACUUUUAACCCUGGGUACAGGAGCGCUUCACUUGUAAUUUAUAAGCAGGGUUGGCACUAAGUUGAACCUGGAGUUAUGAAACCCUGCUUAGGAGCAGGAUUAGAGGGUACUGCCUUACAAUGGUUCAGUUCAUACCUUAAAAACAGGUCAUUUUCUGUAUUAUUGGGUACGUUUUCCUCCUCUUUAGCUCCUAUUAUUAGUGGUGUACCCCAGGGCUCCAUUCUGGGCCCUCUUCUCUUUAACAUAUGCGUCCGCUGGGGAAUAUUAUUAGAGGGCACAAUGUCUCGUUUAAUUUAUAUGCUGAUGAUACCCAGUUGUACAUACUGUACCGUUGACUGUCUUGAUGAUGUUAAGAAAGUAUUAACAAAUAACUUUCUCCAACCUAAUGAGGACAAAACAGAAAUAAUUGUCGUGGGUCCCCCGAGAUUGAGAGAUGGUCUUAUUAAUGAGCUUGGCAAUCAUUACCCCUCAAUUUCUUCCCAGGUCAGGAACCUUGGUAUCAUCCUGGACUCAGAAUUAUGCUUAAGCAAAUUUGGUUAAUUCAGUUGUUAAGAGUAGUUUUUAUCAAUAUUUUUUCCAAAUUUAAAUAAUUUUUGUCUUUCCAAGAUUUGGAGAAGGUUAUUCGUGCUUUUAUCACAAGAUUAUUGUAAUUCAUUGUACUUCAUUGUCAUCUCGUGCUUGCUUCCAGAUGGUUAAAAAUGCAGCUGCAAGGCUGUUGACCAGGGCAAAGAAAUAGGACCAUGUCAUCCCUAUUUUAGCAUUGCUCCAAUGGCUCCUGGUCAAUUUUAGGAUCCAGUUUAAAAUUGUGUUGUUUGUUUUUAAAGCUCUAAAUGAUCAAGCUCCUUUUUAUCUCAAAGAUCUUCUUAUUCCAUUCAGAUCAUCAAAUAGGUUUCUUUUGUAUGUC